CUAAGUACGUAGCAACAUACGAAUCGAGGGAUCGAACCUCUCCUCAUUUUCUCGAUAUGAGUUUCUCUGACAUUCAAUUCAAGCAUGAUAUUAAGGAGUACUUAUCUGAAAGAUUUACCAGAAUCAUGUGUGAUCUGGAUGUGGAUUGUGAUGAGAGAAGAGGAAUAUGGUUCAACAAACUUCUUGAGACGUUGCCCAUACCACCAGCUUAUACGAUUGUCAGAGUAAAUGAUCUCUUAUCUCAUCGAGAUGAAGUUCAACAACUCCUCCAGGAGCAUAUUAACAAGCAGUACGAGCAGAAACGAGUAAAGCCACCAGCUGUAGUACCGCACCCACUUCUGCGGGACGUCCUUGUCAUACCCAGUGGUCAUCGUGAUGACCCAGAGGUCAAACCCGAGAGUUUGGAGGUCAUCGUUGACCUUGCAUGUGGGAUGGCCGUUCUGAGGGGGGCAGAUAUUUUUGCACCAGGUGUAAUGGCGGCCCCAGUAGUAAUGAACAGAGGUGACACAGUUGCAGUCUACUCAGAUGUAAAGGGACUCUGUCGUAGAGGCAUGACUGCAAAGUUUGAAGGUGAAAGGCUGUUUUUAGGAAAUGGGAAGGCCGUCUUGAGCAGACAUGACAUCUUUGUCGCCUCUUCCAGUGGAACUGCUGUUGUAAUGACAGAUCCUUUGUUUGACAGCCCUUCUCUCAACUCCAUCCUUCCGUCAAAGAUCUUUCUGCAGAAUCUUCCUUCCAUCCUUGUUGGGCACAUUCUCAAUCCCCAGCCAGGGGAUAAGGUCCUAGAUAUGUGUGCUGCUCCAGGUGGCAAAACAACUCACAUUGCAACUCUCAUGAAGGACCAAGGAACAGUUGUAGCACUGGACAGGGCAUCCAAGAAAAUUGCCAGGAUAGAAGCGAAUGGAGCAGCCCUUCACUUGAAAUGCAUCAAUGCAUAUUGCUUUGAUGGUACCAAGGCAUGCGCCACUGGAACAGAGAUGGCAGAAGGAAAAGAUGACUGUCGACCCCCGUUUCCUAGAAUGACCUUUGACCGGGUACUACUUGAUGCCCCCUGUAGCGGGCUGGGUCAACGGCCAAGGAUCUACAGUAAGAUGAGUCUGAGUGAAGUUAAAUCUUAUCCUGCUCUUCAGCGAAAACUAUUUUCUUCGGCGGUAAGUUUGCUUCGAGAAGGAGGCACCCUCGUUUACAGUACAUGCACAAUCACCAUUGAGGAGAAUGAAAGCCUGGUCGUCUGGGCACUACAGAAACAUCCAGAAAUAAGACUAGAGAAACAGGAACCUCAUUUGGGUGGUACGGGUCUUCCAGUCCCAGGACUAAGCAAAGAGGACCAGCAGAAGGUUCAGAGGUUCACACCAACACCUCGCCUAGCCAGUGGCAAUCAGGGGAGAACAGUGACCUGCGACAACGACACAAUAGGUUUCUUUGUAGCUAAAUUUGUGAAAUUAAACAACAGGUGACAGAUGAGUGAUUGUUUGUAGAAGUUUAUAUGUGGAUUACAGUCCAAAGUGAUAUCAUUGAAAAAAAAUGCCUACCUAUCUCUGACUCAGAAUGUGACCA